CUGCCUAGUGCCUACGGCGGGCGCCGUCCCGUCCCCGUCAUCCGAAGCCGCGAGUCGCGACGACCGAAGCAUCCGGAGGCGCACGUCCUGCCUCUCCUUCCUCAAUGGCGCCGCCCCUCGCCGCCGCCGCCGUCUCCUCUUCGUUGCCCCUCUUCUCCCCCUCGUCGCCCCGCCCCUUCCUCCGUCACCAUCCGCCUCCGAGCUAUGUCUCCCUGCGGAUGCUGCGCCGCUCCCCGCCCGCGGCGUCGGCGGUGGCCGAGUCCUCCGGCGGCCCGCUCCUCGAGGUGCGCGGGCUCACCGCCUCCGUGAAGGAGACCGGAAAGCAGAUCCUCUCCGGUGUCGACCUCACCAUUCGCGAGGGCGAGAUUCAUUCCAUCAUGGGGAAAAACGGCUCUGGCAAGAGCACUCUCUCAAAGGUUCUUGUUGGCCAUCCAGAUUAUGAGGUAACUGGUGGUUCCAUUCUCUUCAAGGGUGAGGACUUGAUUGACAUGGAGCCAGAGGAAAUAUCUCUUGCAGGCCUUUUUAUGAGUUUCCAAGCACCUAUUGAGAUUCCUGGAGUGAGCAAUUUUGACUUUCUGCUCAUGGCAGUAAAUGCUCGCAGAGAAAAGAGUGGUCUGCCAGCAUUGGGGCCUCUUGAGUUUUAUUCAGUUGUGUCACCCAAAGUUGAUGCCUUGAAGAUGGACCCGAAGUUCCUUGAUCGCAAUGUCAAUGAAGGGUUUAGCGGUGGUGAAAGGAAGCGCAACGAGAUAUUGCAACUUUCAGUCAUUGGAGCAGAUUUAGCUCUUCUUGAUGAGAUUGAUUCAGGAUUAGAUGUUGAUGCACUUGAAGAUGUAGCUAAUGCAGUGAAUGGGCUUUUGACACCCCAAAACUCUGUUCUGAUGAUUACACAUUACCAACGUCUUUUGGAUAUCAUUAAGCCCAGCUACGUUCACAUCAUGGAAAAUGGCAAGAUAAUCAAGACAGGUGACAGUUCUCUUGCCACCAGCAUUAAUGAAGGUGGCUUCAAAUCAAUCGCUCUUGUAUAGCGUGAAAGUCAAAUGCUUGAAAUGGCCUGCUGGGCUUGUUCACCAGUCACAGUCACUAGCCUGCUUGUCAGAACAGAGUGGUUACAGCUUGGGGUUUGCGUGUACUAUACCUACUAUGCAUGCUGGGAAUAGCACGUACUAAGUUCAGCUAAAUUUUGAGUUAGUAACCCAUUCGGCAAGGCAUGUUAUCUUCUGAAGGUGGAGAGCUGGCGAGUUCUCGAUAGACCACCUCUUCUCUGUAAGAAUUUUUAGAUUAGGAUAUUGAUACAAGUAGUCAUAUUAUACCCAGAGCAAGAAUCUUGCGCCUGCAUACAAGAUCCGCAGAUUUUGUAAAUUUGAGUACGACUUGCUGCCUCAGGCAGCUGGUCUUCAAGAUUUGUUCUACAUGCACUUUUUGUAUACAUUUUUUAGCCUUGUAACUAAUGUGCAGGCCUAGAAAGCUACUCAUUUGCCUCCACCUGCUAUAAAGAAUUCAAACUCUGAAGCUUGUCUC